AUGACCUCCCAAACCCUAUCCGGAAAAGUAGCCAUCGUCACAGGUUCAUCCUCCGGCAUCGGCGCAGCAAUCGUACGAGAAUUAUCCUCCCGAGGCGCAAACACAGUAGUCAACUACCCAUUCGACAAGCUCAAGCACGAAGCCGACGCAGUAGUAUCAUCAUGCCUAUCUCCAUCUAUAGCAGUGGAAGGCGAUAUGUCUCAGAUCCCAUCGCCUCAAAAGCUAGUAGAUGCUGCACUGGCAAAAUGGAAUCGGGUCGAUAUUCUGGUCAAUUGUGUUGCGUUGGCUGUGAACAAGCCGUUCGAGGAACAAACGCUUGAAGACUGGGAUCUUCUUGUUAAUAUCAAUGGGCGUGGAACCUUUUUGAUGACGCAGGCUGUGCUGCCACAUAUUACGAAAGGCAUUGGGAGAAUUGUUAAUAUUGCGAGUAUUUCUGCGAGAGGGCCACCACCUAAUCAGACUAUUUAUGCUGGGACUAAGGGGAUGGUGGAUUCGUUUACGAAGUGUUGGGCAAAGGAACUUCCUCCGAAAUAUGGAUGUACUGUUAAUUCAGUCUCGCCUGGUCCAACUAUGACGGAAGGCUUUGCGGCUGCUGGUGAGGAACAGAUGAAGAUCUUGCAGCCUAUUAUUGAUCAGACGCCUGUUGGGCCACGUAUGGGACAGCCUGACGAGAUUGCUUAUGCGGUUGGGUUUCUUUGUGAAGAAAGGGCGCGCUGGGUUAAUGGUGUGCAUCUUAUUGCGUCGGGUGGCUUGUUCAUAGAUUGA